AGUCCCAAGGCAAUCCCUGUUGUUGAACAUGCAGGCGACAAGACGAUUUUAGUGUCGGCAGAGGCCUCGGCGGUGGCUGUUCAGGCGAAAAUCAAAAGAUUCGAGGUGGCGACGGAAACCAGCUGCUCCAAUGACUUGGAUAAACGGCACUAUUGCAGCUUUGUGUCGACCAGAUGUGCAAAGUAUUCGUCCGUCCUCAGAGUAUUCGUCCGUCCUCAGAGUAUUCGUCCACCCUCAGAGUAUCCGUCCGUCCUCAGAGUAUCCGUCCGUCCUCAGAGUAUUCGUCCACCCUCAGAGUAUCCGUCCGUCCUCAGAGUAUUCGUCCGUCCUCAGAGUAUUCGUCCACCCUCAGAGUAUCCGUCCGUCCUCAGAGUAUCCGUCCGUCCUCAGAGUAUUCGUCCACCCUCAGAGUAUCCGUCCGUCCUCAGAGUAUUCGUCCGUCCUCAGAGUAUUCGUCCACCCUCAGAGUAUCCGUCCGUCCUAAGAGUAUCCGUCCGUCCUCAGAGUAUUCGUCCACCCUCAGAGUAUCCGUCCGUCCUCAGAGUAUCCGUCCGUCCUCAGAGUAUUCGUCCACCCUCAGAGUAUCCGUCCGUCCUCAGAGUAUUCGUCCACCCUCAGAGUAUCCGUCCGUCCUCAGAGUAUUCGUCCGUCCUCAGAGUAUUCGUCCGUCCUCAGAGUAUUCGUCCGUCCUCAGAGUAUUCGUCCGUCCUCAGAGUAUUCGUCCGUCCUCAGAGUAUUCGUCCGUCCUCAGAGUAUUCGUCCGUCCUCAGAGUAUUCGUCCGUCCUCAGAGUAUUCGUCCGUCCUCAGAGUAUUCGUCCGUCCUCAGAGUAUUCGUCCACCCUCAGAGUAUCCGUCCGUCCUCAGAGUAUCCGUCCGUCCUCAGAGUAUCCGUCCGUCCUCAGAGUAUCCGUCCGUCCUCAGAGUAUCCGUCCGUCCUCAGAGUAUCCGUCCGUCCUCACAGUAUUCGUCCGUCCUCAGAGUAUUCGUCCGUCCUCAGAGUAUUCGUCCGUCCUCAGAGUAUUCGUCCGUCCUCAGAGUAUUCGUCCGUCCUCAGAGUAUUCGUCCGUCCUCAGAGUAUUCGUCCGUCCUCAGAGUAUUCGUCCGUCCUCAGAGUAUUCGUCCGUCCUCAGAGUAUCCGUCCGUCCUCAGAGUAUCCGUCCGUCCUCAGAGUAUCCGUCCGUGCUCAGAGUAUCCGUCCGUCCUCAGAGUAUCCGUCCGUCCUCAGAGUAUUCGUCCGUCCUCAGAGUAUUCGUCCACCCUCAGAUUAUCCGUCCACCCUCAGAGUAUUCGUCCGUCCUCAGAGUAUUCGUCCGUCCUCAGAGUAUCCGUCCGUCCUCAGAGUAUUCGUCCGUCCUCAGAGUAUUCGUCCGUCCUCAGAGUAUUCGUCCGUCCUCAGAGUAUUCGUCCGUCCUCAGAGUAUUCGUCCGUCCUCAGAGUAUUCGUCCGUCCUCAGAGUAUUCGUCCGUCCUCAGAGUAUUCGUCCGUCCUCAGAGUAUUCGUCCGUCCUCAGAGUAUCCGUCCGUCCUCAGAGUAUCCGUCCGUCCUCAGAGUAUCCGUCCGUCCUCAGAGUAUCCGUCCGUCCUCAGAGUAUCCGUCCGUCCUCAGAGUAUUCGUCCGUCCUCAGAGUAUUCGUCCACCCUCAGAUUAUCCGUCCACCCUCAGAUUAUCCGUCCACCCUCAGAGUAUUCGUCCACCCUCAGAGUAUUCGUCCACCCUCAGAUUAUCCGUCCACCCUCAGAGUAUUCGUCCACCCUCAGAGUAUUCGUCCACCCUCAGAUUAUCCGUCCACCCUCAGAGUAUUCGUCCACCCUCAGAGUAUUCGUCCACCCUCAGAGUAUUCGUCCACCCUCACAACACACAAACAAUAA